UUUAAUUCACUCCCACUCCACACACUCUAUCAUCAUCAUUCUAUCUUUUUUAGAAAAUACUACUACUGCAACCACCUGUGUAAUAAUAAUAAUAAAAAACAACCCAAAUAUUUUCUAAAAAAUGGAUGAAUCAUGGAGAACACACAACCUCCGUCGUCCACGGCGGUCGACGGAAGACACUAACCGUUCAAACCUAGACCCUAACGAUUUUGAUGACGUGUUCGGUGGUCCACCUAGGAGUGUUAUUUCCCGCCAAUACUCAGUUGAAGGUGAUUUUGCUAGGUCAAUAUCUUUGGAAGAUAUUUUUAGGAGGAAAAAACCGCCGGUGAACUGUGACCGGACGUUGCCGGAGUUUAGAAUCCCGGCGAGCGGAGGACGAAGGAGUAGUAAUGAUGAUGAGGAGUUCUAUAGUGAUAUAUUUGGUAGCAAUAAUUCGGGAUCUUUGAAUAAGUCUCGAUCCAAGUCGAAUUCGUCGUCGAUUUUGAGUUCGGAAGAUUUGAUCAGUCCGUUUCGUCCUCCGAUAAUCGACGACGAUGUUUCCUUCUCUUCCUUUGCUUCCAAGCUCAGGCCAAUAAAUGUAUCAUCGAAAUGGAACACAUCCGAGAAGAUGCAUGAAAUGGCAGAUAAACAACCAAAUUCUCCUUGCAAAUGCCAUUCAUCUGAGAGUGACUAUAUACACAAGUUUAAAGGCUGCUAUGCUGGAUCCUCAAAAAAGGCGUCAUCACCAGAAAUUAUAAAUUUUGGACCCAAUUCAUAUAGCAGUGUUAGGGAGUCAAUGGAGGAUCUUCAAGUCCACUCUCCAGCAUCCAUGGUGUCCUCGUUAAAUCAAGAACAAGAAGAUGAAGCGAGCACAAUCUAUGAUGAGGAAGAAGACGAAGUUAUGAGUUCCUACAUAAUUGAAAUAAAUCCUAGUAAUAGAGAAAGAGUCAGUGAAACACUUUGUGUGGAUGAAGCAAUUGCUUGGGCUAAACAGAAAUGCCAAACGCGUGAUCCGGAUAUAAAAAUGAACAAAACAGAAGACGUAGAACAUGCUUGUCCUGAUGUAGAAUAUGUGUGUCCUGCAGUGAAAGAAAUGCCUAGUGUAAGUAAGGUUCCAGGAGUGCAUGUAGCCAGACAUGGGUCAAAAGAUUCACCUUCAUUAAAUCAACAAAAGGAAAUUACAACAGAAGAACUGCUACAAGAACUGAAUAAUGAUGAAAGUCCAUGUAAACAGAUGGAGCUAGAAUUACUGGAUGAAGAUAUAAAGUUGUGGUCAGAUGGAAAAGAACCAAAUAUCCGGCUGCUUCUAUCAACACUACAUCACAUUCUAUGGCCAAGUAGUGGGUGGAUCAUGAUACCUUUAUCAAACCUCAAAGACAGUUCAAGCGUAAAGAAGGCUUAUCAGAAGGCACGAUUAUGUCUGCACCCUGACAAAUUGCAGCAAAGAGGUGCGACUAUCCCACAAAAAUAUGUUGCCGAAAAGGCAUUUCCAAUCCUACAGGACGCAUGGGCUGCUUUUAUUACCCAAGAUGUUCGGUCAUCUCUAACAUGAACAGAUGGAAAAAUCUUUGUAUACCUGUUAAGAUGCAUAUACAUAUCUAAUGGGAAGGUGUCAUGAGCCAUUAUCAACAGACAGGAAAAUCCAAAGCUUCUCUAAGCGACUCUAGAACAAUUCGCAGCCUCGGUGUGUUUUCUGAACGAUAGCAAAUGCUGAUGAUAUACAAGAAGAAAUAAAAUUGUAGUAAUUGCUUGUAUGUAGGAAUGAUUCAGACAUCUUAAUUAUAACUUAUUAUGGUUUUCUUUUAACCGGUGAGAGAGUGAGGUUGGUAAUCUGAUAUAGUGAUAAAUUGUGAAAGGAUUUUGCGUUCCUUGUAUAGAAAUUUUUUCCAUUUGUUUUGGGAUAUGUUCAUUUCUGUGAAUUCGAAUGGGUGUUGUAUUA